UAACGCAUCAACAAAUCUUCACUUCUCUGAGUCAAAAAGACGUUAAAAAGAAAAAAAAAAAGUCAAAACCCUCAAACCUUCCCAAAUCUCCACUAUGGCGACGGCGGCAGCAGCGGUCCCAACUGACGGCAGAAAGCUUCCACGGCCAGGCCGCGGCGGCGUAAUAUCAUCCGGAUUAACAGAAGAAGAAUCACGAGUUCGCGCCAUAACAGAAAUCGUAAACAACAUGAUAAAUCUCUCACACAACAACGAAACUGUAGAUUUAAACGCUUUAAAAUCCGCCGCGUGUAGGAAAUACGGACUCUCACGCGCUCCGAAAUUAGUGGAAAUGAUUGCGGCGUUACCGGAUAGUGAGAGGGAAGUUUUGUUGCCGAAACUGAGAGCAAAACCAGUCCGAACAGCGUCCGGAAUUGCGGUUGUUGCGGUUAUGUCGAAACCGCAUAGGUGUCCGCAUAUUGCGACUACAGGGAAUAUAUGUGUGUAUUGCCCAGGUGGACCUGAUUCGGAUUUUGAGUAUAGUACUCAGAGUUAUACUGGUUAUGAACCGACUAGUAUGCGCGCCAUUCGUGCUCGAUAUAAUCCGUAUGUCCAAGCCAGGAGCAGAAUUGACCAGUUAAAGCGAUUGGGGCAUAGUGUAGAUAAGGUUGAGUUCAUCUUGAUGGGUGGCACCUUUAUGUCAUUGCCGGCUGAAUACAGGGAUUACUUUAUAAGGAAUCUUCAUGAUGCUUUGUCAGGGCAUACUUCUGCAAAUGUUGAAGAGGCGGUUGCCUAUUCUGAGCAUGGCGCAACCAAAUGUAUUGGGAUGACUAUUGAGACGAGGCCAGAUUACUGUCUUGGGCCUCAUUUGCGACAAAUGCUUUCCUAUGGUUGCACAAGAUUAGAAAUUGGAGUUCAGAGCACGUAUGAGGAUGUUGCUCGUGACACAAAUAGAGGGCACACGGUAGCAGCUGUUGCUGAUUGCUUCUCGUUGGCAAAAGAUGCUGGUUUUAAGGUGGUUGCUCAUAUGAUGCCUGAUCUUCCAAAUGUUGGCGUCGAGAGGGAUAUGGAAAGUUUUAAGGAGUUCUUUGAGAGUCCUUGCUUUAGAGCUGAUGGGCUUAAGAUUUAUCCAACACUUGUUAUUCGUGGGACAGGUCUUUAUGAGCUCUGGAAAACUGGCAGAUAUAGAAAUUAUCCUCCAGAGCAGCUUGUAGACAUAGUAGCUCGAAUCCUGGCCAUGGUGCCCCCCUGGACACGUGUUUACAGGGUUCAGAGGGAUAUCCCCAUGCCUCUGGUUACAUCUGGAGUUGAAAAAGGAAAUCUUCGAGAGCUUGCUUUAGCCCGUAUGGAUGAUCUGGGUUUGAAAUGCAGGGAUGUUCGUACACGUGAAGCUGGAAUUCAAGAUAUUCACCACAAGAUUAGACCAGAUGAGGUUCAACUUGUUCGACGAGAUUAUACUGCCAAUGAGGGAUGGGAAACUUUUCUUUCAUAUGAAGACACAAGACAGGAUAUUCUUGUUGGAUUACUGCGACUGAGAAGAUGUGGGAAGAACGUUACAUGCCCAGAACUUGUUGGAAAAUGCUCCAUUGUUCGUGAACUCCAUGUUUACGGAACUGCUGUUCCAGUACAUGGCCGUGAUGCUGAUAAACUGCAGCAUCAGGGAUAUGGUACACUUCUUAUGGAGGAGGCAGAGCGGAUAGCCCGUGGGGAACACAGGUCGACAAAGAUUGCUGUUAUAUCGGGUGUUGGAACACGACAUUACUACAGGAAAUUGGGUUACGAGCUUGAAGGUCCUUAUAUGAUGAAGCACCUUGUAUAACAAGUUCCAGUUCUGUAUGAUAUUUAGUAGAUGGGUGGAACUGUUAAGCCACUUCUCCUUUUGCUUAUAUAGUGCAUUUUUGUUAGCUUAAAGCUCUAAUUUAGACUGCAAUGUCAGCUGUCUGUGCUGCUUAAUGUAUUCGAAAUCUUGAAGGUGCAUGUAUAAUUACUCAUUUGAAUGACUUGUUUGGCCGUUGCUGCACUUCCGUCCA